AUCUGCUAAAUUUGGUUAUUCCGCGUCAUUUCCGCGGCACAUGACGAGCUCGAGGUACCGACGGAGCUGCUGUACGCCGUUACGUUUAGAAGCUCGAUGGAAGCUGAAGGAAGAGUGUUUCAGAUCGUCGAGGUCCGAAGUGGAUUGCAUCCAGCGCGCGGGGCAGUGGCAGGGCGCGGUGUCGACGUCGGAGUGGAUCGAAUCUAAAUCUGGACUCGCUGCGAAUUGGGGACGUUCCGGUGACGAUCGUUCGGUAAUUCAGACUUGCUUGUGCUUGGAGCCAGCAGCCUUGUAAGGACAACAGCAGCAAGCCAGCUCGAAGACCAGGGGAUGAAUUGAUGGCGCGCGGUAAUGAGAAAGAUUGAAUGUCUGGGCGACCUUCGUGUGAGAUUUCGGUUGCCUUCUCUGUGGCCAUGGCGCGGUCGCAAUUGCGCGCGAGAUGGACUUCUUUGGUCUCUUGGAAGUGAUCCGGGAGCAGUGCGGUGAAUUGGUGUGCAACAGUUGAAUCAAACUCAUAUUUCCACCGGGAAGAGUGGACUGCAGUCGGAGUACUUAUUCAUGUGACUAUAGCUGGGACCUACGAGGACGAGCUAGGAAUAGAACCUGGCCACGAACUUCUGUCAUGCAUACAUAAAGGAAGACAAGUUUUGUCAAAGGAGAAAUUGGGCUUGGAAGGGCGAGUCGGCAGGUGUUGUUUAUCAGGCUGAUCAUCAUCCUUGUCUUACAGUAGCUGCAGUUGAGUGGGUUGUUGGUCAGAAAUGAGUAGGAGAUCAGAUUUAUAUACUCAGGGGCUCAAAUUGCUGUUACAGCAGCGCAGUUCCUGUGGCUUAGCACUGAGAUCCUCAUCAGCUUUGAUCAGUAAUGGAUCCAGGGACUUCAAUUACUCACGUCAAGGCAGGGUUCCUCCUACAUCCGACGUUAGCAGUAGAUUCAAGUCUCACUUGCGUCUGGGCCGGUUCUGGAACACUCAAUGGCCUGCUGUUGGCCAAUGUCAUCGUGCCUUUUCAGCAACCUCUUCAUCGCAGUCUUCUGCUUCCGUCGAAGAGAAGCUCAAGGGACCUAUUGAUAAAAUACUCAUAGCUAACAGAGGUGAGAUUGCCUGCAGAGUGAUCAAAACUGCAAAGCGGUUGGGUAUAAAAACAGUCGCUGUGUACAGUGAUGCUGACAGGUUCUCCAUGCAUGUCAAAAGUGCGGAUGAAGCAGUACACAUCGGACCGGCUCCUGCAAGUCUCAGCUACCUCUCUGCUGAAAAAAUAUUGGCUGCUGCCCGUUCUACGAACGCAAAAGCAAUCCAUCCAGGCUACGGGUUUCUGUCCGAAAAUGUUCACUUUGCUGAAUCCUGCAAGAAAGAAGGGAUCAGGUUCAUAGGUCCACCAUCCACAGCUAUACAUGCAAUGGGUGAUAAAAGUGUAUCCAAGAAACUCAUGGAAGCGGCAGGUGUCGCAGUCGUACCCGGAUAUCAUGGUGAUGAUCAGGACAUUGAUUUGUUGCAAAGUGAAGCUAGACGAAUCGGCUAUCCUGUACUCAUCAAAGCUACCCAAGGUGGUGGUGGGAAGGGUAUGAGAAUUGUACUCGAGGAAAAUGAGUUUCUGGACUGCCUAAGUAGUGCCCAGCGUGAGGCCAUGGCUGCAUUUGGUGACAGCCGAGUCUUGAUAGAGAAGUAUCUAACAAGGCCACGACAUAUUGAAGUGCAGAUAUUUGGUGACAUGCAUGGCAACGUGGUACAUCUUUUUGAACGAGAUUGCAGUGUUCAGAGGAGACACCAGAAGAUAAUUGAGGAGGCUCCGGCGCCAGGCAUUAGUGAGGAAUUUCGUCAGCAGAUUGGACAGGCAGCAGUAAAUGCGGCCAAGGCAGUUGGCUACGAGAGUGCCGGCACAGUGGAAUUUAUCGUAGAUACUCUUACAGGAAAAUUCUACUUCAUGGAGAUGAAUACCCGGCUCCAGGUAGAACAUCCCAUUACAGAGAUGGUGACGGGCCAGGAUCUGGUUGAAUGGCAAAUUCUUGUAGCCAAUGGAGAGCCUCUCCCUUUACAGCAAGAUCAACUCCAGAUUUCAGGACAUGCGUUUGAAGCUCGUAUAUAUGCUGAGAAUGUGCCAAGGGGAUUCCUACCAGCUGCAGGAACUCUGCAUCACUAUAAUCCUCCUCCGGUUUCUUCUACAGUUAGGGUGGAAACAGGUGUUGGUGAGGGGGACUCUGUUAGUGUAUAUUAUGAUCCCAUGAUAGCUAAAUUAGUAGCUUGGGGCCAUGAUCGAUCGGCAGCUUUAGUCAAGCUCCAUGAUUGUCUGUCAAAGUUUCAGAUUGCAGGCCUUCCCACGAAUAUUCCAUUCCUUAAGGCUCUUGCUAAACAUCCUGCUUUCGUAGCGGGGGAAGUUGGUACUCACUUCAUCGAUCAGUACAGAGAAGAGCUGCUCCCAUCUGCAAGCAAUACUGGACACGAGUCUAGUCGAGCAGCUGUAAGCAUUCAUCUGGAUGCCAAAGCUGCGAGACAGGCUGCUGCCAUAGCAGCCGUUGGGAUGUGUUUGACAUCAAGUUUAGGCCUUCAGGUGCUAAAAACUGGAGUUGAAGGAUGGGGCGGCUGGAACUCUGGGUCAGGGUUCAGAUUGAAUCAUUCAUAUUCCCGCCUUAUGACGAUGGAAUGGAAGUCAGAUACUCUUGAAAACUCCUCAGUCCCCAUCAAGCUGUCGACUACGUAUGACAGGAAUGCAAAUUUUACAGUCGAGGUUCAAGGAGAGGAGCCACUGCGCCUGACCGUUACAGGGCAGAGUCCCGGCGAUAGGUGCCGAGACUUGCGCCUAGAUGUAGAUGGUCAAUCCACCAAUGUCAGUCUCGCACAAUACUUCCAGAAUGGGAUAAACAGUGUUCAUCUGUGGCAAGAGGAUCAGCAUUAUCAUUUUACAGUACCUUGGCUCUCUUUUGAGAGAGAGGAAUCUGAUGACGAACAAGGAUCAGAUAAAUCCCAUCGUGAGCAAACUUAUAGUACGACAGCUAUCGGUUCCGUCACUGCCCCAAUGGCUGGCCGUGUUGUAAAAGUUUUGGUGGAGAAUGGAGCGCGUGUAAAGAAAGGGGAGCCUUUGCUUGUUCUUGAAGCAAUGAAAAUGGAGCACGUUGUGAGGGCACCCGUGGAAGGGCUGGUUGAUGGAGCACAUUUAGUGGUUGGGCAGCAAGUAAACGAUAACAUGGUCCUCCUCCAAAUAAAGGAACGGAGGCAGAAUUUGCCAGACGAGGACGAUGAUGAUUCGGAGUGACACUUGUACAAAAUCUGAAUGUUUCACUAAAGGGUACCUCAAGUGACGUGCUUUGUCUUGUAUAGUCAAGGGGAGGAGUAGCUCUUCAUUCUUGUAAGUAGACAUCGCUGGUCUUACGCCCUGGGGCCGACAGUGUAUAUAUAUAAGCUUAUGACAAUUUGCUUCAAUUGAACAAGCGCGUUGGCUUCUGUUGAAGGCCAAGACAAUCCAAGUUUAUGGUUUGAUUUUCUCUCGGGAUUCUUUUGAGGGCCUAUGCGACUCACAAAUCUAUAGAUGGGAGUCAAGCUAUGCGUGGUUCGUUUUUGUAAUCGAUGAUGAAUCACUUCAUGAACUGUUGAAGCUUAGUCAUGGAAAUUAGAGAACCUAGAAGUGAUCGACAUUCGGUGUAUGUUCACAUCUUCCGUUUACUUCCCAUACGUAAUCAAACAUGCAGAGUUGCAACGUUUGAAUCGAGUCUACCCUAACCGCAAUGGCAGGAAGUAAGAACCGUAUUCAACUGGAACCAACUUCAAUGUUUAACAAGAAAACUGGAAGCUACUAGAGGAAUUAGAAUUCUUGCAAAGAGACAACUGAGAACGGUUAGCCUACACCAUCUUGAGUACUUUUUCAAAUUUCCCUAUCGCCAGCGCAAUAUAGCCGCCGGUAAAGGUACCUUUCGGACUUGAUAU